UCGAAUCGUCAUGAAGGAUGGUGAAGCAAGGAAUCCAGAUUUACGCCAGAGCAAAGCCGACGAAGCAAAAGACAGGGCUUUAUGAAAUUUUCGAAGAUGAGGGUGGAAAUUCUUCUAUUUCCUUCACUGUUCCUAAAGAUCUAGCUGAUGGCUAUAUCAACAACAAGAGAGAAGUUUAUAAAUUUAGUGUCUUGACUGGUUACAAUGGAACAAUCUUUGCAUAUGGUCAGACAGGAUCUGGUAAGACGUUUACGAUCACAGGAGGCGCUGAACGUUAUGUUGAUAGAGGAUUAAUUCCAAGAUCACUUUCUUACAUCUUUGAGUAUUUUGAGAAGCAUCCAGGCACAGUGUUCACUGCUCAUAUAUCUUAUCUUGAGAUCUACAAUGAAAAUGGGUACGAUCUUUUGGACCCCAAACAUGAGGCUUGCAAGCUGGAAGAUUUACCCAAAGUAAACUUAUUUGAAGACAGUGACAAUAAUGUCCAUCUCAAGAAUCUUUCCCUACACCAAGCAAGCAAUGAAGAGGAAGCUCUCAAUUUGUUGUUUCUUGGGGACACAAACAGGAUGAUAGCCGAGACACCAAUGAAUCAAGCGUCGACCAGAUCACAUUGUAUUUUCACCAUCCAUAUCUCCACCCGUGAUCCAGGAUCAGCGACCAUCAGACGAGCCAAGCUUCACUUGGUUGACCUUGCAGGGUCUGAGAGAGUUGGCAAGACCAAUGUCGGAGGAACCUUGCUAACAGAAGCCAAGUAUAUCAAUUUGUCACUUCACUACCUUGAACAGGUGAUAGUAGCGUUAUCAGAGAAGUCAAGAAGCCACAUCCCAUACAGAAACUCGAUGAUGACGUCAGUCCUUAGAGACAGUCUCGGAGGGAAUUGCAUGACGUCCAUGAUAGCAACUUGCUCCCUUGAUAGGAAAAACUUAGAUGAAUCCAUUUCAACUUGUAGAUUUGCGCAGCGAGUGGCCAUGAUCAAGAAUGAUGUACUGCUCAACGAGGAGAUUGAUCCUAAACUGUUGAUUGCUCAACUCAAGGCGGAAGUGCAGAGACUCAAAGAUGAACUUGCGAUGUCCACAGGACAAGAAUACACUGGCGAGCUAACGGAAGAUGAAUUGGAUAGACUGCGCAGAAUGGUGAAAAGUUACAUCGAAGAUUCUGAUCCGGAAUCAUCCCUCAGUGUUGGAGCUGACAUGAGAAAGAUCAACUACUGCUUCCAGCUACUCAAAAAUCACGUGUCGGAGAAGAGCAAGCAGAACCCAUCUCCUCCCCCACAGAGGACUCCAGCAAUUGAUGGCGUCCUCGACAGCAGUUACUUAGGCAACCAUACUGAAGUGAACAAGCUUAAGGAGCUCAUUCGACAGCGAGAUAACGAGAUCAAUAUCUUAGUAGGCAUGCUGAAGAAGGAGAAGAAGCGCACGGCUGAGUUAGAGAAGCAAGGUGGCGGCCGACUUCUGGACGGUAUGGGCGCGGCACCGGAUGGGAUCAGACGGAGCGCUAGUCAGUCGCAAAGUGACGACUCAGAGAACGAACUGUCGAAGAUGAGAGCUGCGAGCAGAACACGUGUGAGAGACAGGCCGUCGUCUGAUACCACUGAGAAUCGUCAGCACCCUCAAGCACCUGGUGAUGAUCCAACUAAUCACAGACCUCCAUCUGCUUACAGAAGGAAACUUGAUGAGAUGUCUGUCGGACGAAAAGAAGCUUUUGAGACGUUCCGCCGAGACUAUCCUCACAACGACACGAUAGAGGAAAAUAAACAAACACUCAAGCAAAGAUAUGCAGAGGCCAAACGGCUUGGAGAGCAAGUGAAUUCUUCGCGACAAAAGAUCAAUUCUAUCAAAACUCAAAUCGAGCAACAAAGAGUUCGCCGAUCGAUGCAAGGUUUUGUAAACGGCACCGAAGGAAUAGAUGAUGUGGACCCUGUAGAGCAGAGCCUGAGGCAAGCUAUCGAAGAAGAGAAAGCCAAAUAUAAGGACAGUUUCACUCGUCUUCGAUCCCUGAAAACUGAGAUCGAGCAUCUUCAACAUCUGCUGGAAAAAGCCAAAGUUAAGAUGCAGAAAGAUUUCGAAAUAUGGUGGGCAGAACAGGCGGCGUUCAACCAGACACCCGAUGAAGUUCGAGCAGCAUGGAAGACCCCUCCGAUAUCGCCCGUUAGACCUCCGUCCGCUUCUCGAAGACGUGAUUUAGACCCGGGUGGCACGUCGAAUCCCCGAGAUGAGUCCUCUCGCAGCGCAAGACCCGCAAAAUUCGUGUCCAAGCUACGAGCUGAAGCACAGCUGGCAGCCAUGGGAGCCGUGUCAUCCUCUGUCAGUAGGCCCCCAGUGCACCCCUCAAGUUCAGAUAGUGGCCUUAGUAGCUGGUCACAAUCUGCAGCUACUGCAACAGCGGCUGAGGAAUUGAGCGGAGGCCAUGCUGGACGAAGUAAAUCAGGUUCGACAAGUGAUGCAAGUUCAAGUUCAGGAUCAGUGAUGCUAACUGGUGACACUAGAGCUGAUGCCGACAUCUUGGCUUUUAUAAAAGCCAGGCAAAACCUUCUACAGCAAAGAGGGCAUCGAUAGCAAAGAAAAGUUACAUCAUUAAAACUCAGGAACAUCUUGAUACAGAGGUGACAGACAGUCAGCGAUAAGAAUGGCGUUCCUUCCAUUUCAUUGCCAUCAACGCACCAUGUCAAUCAGAUAGCCUCGUGAUGAGGAAGAGACAGAAAACAACUAGUAACGGUCAAAAUCUGAUACGCUUCAAAAUCACUGCGUCAGCUUCUGUUCCUACAAAUAUGGCCAAAAACAAGAACAAAUUACAAAUUGGCGCAAGAAAUAAUAAAAUACACUAUUUUAUUAAAAGAAAUGAACAGAUUUGAAACCAGUUAAUAAUGUGUGGUCAAUUCUGGUUAGGGUUUUUGUCAUCAGGAAGUAACGCUCUAUAGUCCACGAAACAGGCCUUAUUUCAACUACUAGUUCAGUAGUGUUCAUAAAUGCGAAGAUCGCUUCUUUAUCAGAUAAGAUUUUGUUGUCAAAGCU